GAAUCCUCGACUUUGUAGCCCGAAGUCCAGCGCGCUAUCGACUGUGCCGCAAAAGCAUGCACCCACGGCAUAGCCGAUAUCCGCGCUUAUAAACCAAGGGUCGUUACAAUAUUUCAUGAAAAAUAUGUAUGUUUCAGGGCGAUGCACUAGGCUGCCUAAUUGUUGACAACCGAGCGGUGCAGAUUACUUUUCGAUUUGAAAUAGUGCUCCUCCCUCGCCGUUUUUGCCCGUUUAUGUCACGUGUCCCACACCCCAGCAUAAUCGAAUCCGCCCAUUGAGUCGUGAUGAUCUAACCAGUGGUGGGUGGACAAAUUUGCCCGCCCCCCGCCAAGAACAUUAUAGAAAAAUAGCCAUACUAGCUAGAUUUUCUUGUGUUAUUCCCUCUGGGAUCGAUUUAACGGGCGGGAAAAAUUUACAACACAACAAGCUGAUCAACGAAGAAAAAGAACGCAUCUCAAACGACUUCGGCUGCUGGACAAUGUUGGCUAGCUAGCGUAGCUGUACAUUAAAUACCAAGCGGAGUGGAUGUUCUGGCCUCACCGUAUUUCUUGAUAUUUACACUGGAUAAAACAUCUAGAUAUACGUCGACUUACACAUGGUUCUGUGGGGAAAUGACAUGCAGAAUUAAAGCUAACCCCCCCCAAAAAACUGCUUGAUGAAAUUGAAAAGGACGUCGGACAGCGUAGACUGAACACGCCUAACUGGGGCGUAUUCAUUACGCCGAUUCUUUUGCAAAACGUUUCUCAGACGGAAGCGAACGGGACGAAACAGGGAGGGAUCUAUCUGCAUUUGUCCAAUAGAAACUCGUUUUAGUUGCAAAACGUAAUGUUUUUCAACUGUUUUGCUAAUGAUUACACCCCUAGGAUGUAUUCAUUACGCAAACUUUUUACCGUUUAACAACCAAACGGAACAGGGCGGGACCUACCUGAAUGUGCCCAGUAAACUAUCGUUUCCCGUUUGGAGUUAUCGGGUUCGCAACAGAUUUUGCGUAAUGAUUACACCCAUGGUAUUUGGUUGAACAGUGCCGUAGCUAGCUACCCAGACAAUUUUAUUAAGUUAGCUAUAUUUCCGUCGCCAACAAACUUUCAAUCGAGGAGAGGGGAAAGCAGAACAUGCCAAUGUUAAUAUAUACGUUUUCCAGUCGCUAGCUGGCUGAUUUCUGCCUCCCAUUUGGCUAAUUUAGCAAUACGUAGUUAGCUAGUCACCUAGUAUCGAGUGGCAAACUAUUCAAGGCUAGCUAGCGCCACAAACAAAGGCUUCUGCUCAACACCUGCCACAUACUUGUAUCAAGACGCUCGUGUCUUAAUCAACUGUGUCCGUGAACAAAGCUGCAUAAAUGGAUUUACAAACGGCGGUGUUCAAUGCAGCCAGAGAUGGCAAGCUACGGUUGCUUCAGAAACUUUUGGAGAACAAAACUGGCGUAGAGGUUACCAAAUUAAUGGCAGAGAAAACCAACGGUGCGACCUCUUUGCUUAUGGCUGCAAGAUACGGACACCUGGAUUUAGUGGAAUAUCUUUUGGAGUGUUGCUGCGCACCCGUUGAGGUUGGGGGGUCAGUGAAUUUUGAUGGAGAGACUAUCGAAGGUGCCCCCCCUCUAUGGGCUGCCUCAGCAGCAGGACACCUGAAAGUAGUGCAAUCUUUACUUGGCCACGGUGCCUCUGUGAACAAUACAACACUCACCAAUUCCACCCCCCUGAGAGCAGCUUGCUUCGAUGGGCAUCUGGACAUUGUCAAAUACCUGGUAGAGCACAAGGCAGACCUGGAAGUAGCAAACAGACAUGGUCACACAUGCCUCAUGAUCUCGUGUUACAAAGGACACAAGGAAAUUGCCCAGUAUCUAUUGGAGAAAGACGCUGAUGUUAACAGGAAAAGUGUUAAAGGUAACACAGCAUUACAUGACUGUGCUGAAUCUGGUAGCUUGGAGAUAAUGAAGAUGCUGCUAAAAUAUGGUGCCACCAUGGAGAGGGAUGGUUAUGGAAUGACCCCACUGCUGUCUGCUAGUGUGACUGGCCACACUAACAUUGUUGACUAUCUGACACAACACCAGCAAACAAACCACAUGGAGAGGAUAAAUGCCCUCGAACUGCUUGGUGCUACUUUUGUGGACAAAAAGCGGGAUCUUCUUGGGGCAUUAAAGUACUGGAAGAGGGCCAUGGACCUGAGAUACAGUGACAGCAAAACAUUUCUUAACAAAGCAGAGCCAAAGCAGUUGAUCAUGGCCUAUGACUAUGCCAGGGAAGUAAGUAAUGGGGAGGAGCUAGACAGCCUGAUCUCAGACCCAGAUGAGAUGAGGAUGCAGGCCCUGCUCAUUAGAGAGCGCAUCCUGGGCCCCUCCCACCCCGACACCUCUUACUACAUCCGCUACCGGGGAGCUGUAUACGCUGACUCUGGGAAUUUUGAGCGCUGCAUUAACCUUUGGAAGUAUGCCCUUGACAUGCAGCAGAGCAACUUGGACCCCCUCAGCCCCAUGACAGCCAGCAGCCUGCUGUCCUUCGCUGAGCUAUUCUCCUUCAUGCUCCAGGACCGUGCUAAAGGCCUUCUGGGCACCUCGGUCUCCUUCAACGACCUCAUGGGCAUCCUCAGUAAGAGCGUGCUGGAGAUUGAACGUGCGGUGAAACAAACCCAGCCUGACCUGGCUCAGCUCAGCAAGGCCCUCUCCAUCAUCCUGCAUCUCAUCUGCCUGCUGGAGAAGGUCCCCUGUACCGUGGAGCAGGACCAUUUCAAGAAGGAGACCAUCUACAGGUUCCUCAAGCUGCAGCCCUGCGGGAAGAAUGGCUACAGCCCGCUCCACCUGGCCGUGGACAGGAACACCACCUGCGUGGGCCGCUAUCCUGUCUGUAAGUUCCCCUCUUUCCAGGUCACCUCUAUCCUACUGGAGUGUGGGGCGGACGUCAACAGCCGCGACGAGGACAACAACAGCCCCCUGCAUGUGGCCGCCUCCAACAACCACCCGGACAUCAUGAACCUGCUGAUCGCCUGCGGAACUCACUUUGACAGCACCAACUCCCUGAAGCAGACGGCCUGCGACCUGCUGGACGAGAAGGAGAUGGCCAAGAACCUGAUCCAGCCCAUCAACCACACCACCCUGCAGUGUCUGGCUGCGCGGGCUAUCAUCAAGCACAGCCUCUGCUACAGAGGCAACAUCCCAGAGAAGCUAGAGGCCUUUGUGCUUCUCCACAGAUAAUGACUAUUAAAGACAUGUGUGCCACCAUUCUCCUCACCCCAUGUGCACUCAAUAAUGAACAUUGUGUGAACUUUCCUCCCCCCCCCCCCCCCUGCGAAGCCAGAAUUAAAAAGCAACUGCCCCUAAAAAGCAACUUUAUGUUUUGAAAA